CUUGCUUCAACGUAUUUCUUGUUCUUUCUCAAAAUGCCUAUCUUUCUCCGCACCAACAUUGAUUCGCUGCCCCCAAGGUCGAAAACCCUUCAAAAUGACCGCGGAUAACAAACCCAACCUCAUUACCGAUCUGCGAGACGACGUUUAGCGUGAACUAUGGAACAGGAUCAGGGGCCUCAUCAUUCAUUGGUUGAACGCGUCAAUGCCUCAACUUGCGUGGCUUCCUUCAGUUACCAGGUGUGGUUUAUUUGGCACGUUUUGCUUCAAUAUAUAAAGCCUUCAAAGUUCGCCAGAAUAUUCACUUCCAGUUAUUUCAAAGAUCUGAGUAAACGUUGACAGACGAGCAAAAUAUUACGCGCCUUUCGGCAAGUUAUAACAGCGAUUCUCUGAGCAAUAAAAGCGGGGUGGUCAAGCGGCUGAAAAACGGCGAUUCCCAACUAGUCACCUAAGUUGACCCCCACUGCACAUGGCCGAUAUUUAUGAGGCACUGUUUGUCAGUGGCACUGUAGUGGUCGGUGCAUACUGUGCUGUGCCUUACACACUUCUGACAUUGCGAUUACCAAAUGCCUGUGCUUUGAUUCUAUCUAGUGACAACCGAUACUUCCAGAAAAAAAUGUGUUUUCUACGUCAAAGGAUCUCCAAGUCUAAGAAUGACCCGCAAAUAUCUGUGCAAUAGCGAUCUGAACAGGCGAUAAGUCGUGACUCCUAUUUGUGCGUGAUUCAAGAAAUAAAAGUUGUCGUCAUGUGGUGGCUGGAGCGUGCCUACGACCUAUGCUGCUGGUGUCCCUGUCACCUUCACAAAAAGCGUCAAGGCGUGGCGAUGCCCCGAGGGUCUCGCGCCCAGGCCGCCUCCCCCGUGCGCCUGCACUACGACCUGGCAACAACGCCGCUCUUCCAGGACCACGACGACUCCGGAGACAUCGUGCUGUACGACACGAGCGUGGAGUACCUCCCGUCCCACACCAAGACCCGCACCUCCAUCGUCAGCGACACCGGCCGGAUGGAGAGCCUGAGGGAGCAGCUCCUGGCCGCAGGGGAGGAGCUCUCGUCCCCUCUCGGAGGAUACACCGACGACAGCGGAGAGGACGCCAAUCCCUCCCUGGUUCCGGCGCAGAAUUACUACGAAAAGACGGUGGAGCUGGAGUCCCCGGGCGCGAGGGGCUCCAUGUCCUCCCUCAGCAGCUCCGAAUACGUGAUGGUCGAUCGGGUCGAGCGAGACUCCGCCAUGAUCUCGGUCUUCCGGGCCCUUCGCUGCGUCGACGGCGUGGAGGCGGCGGAGAGAGACCGCCGCUUCUCGCCGCUCGAGGUGCAGAGGCCGCGUCGGCCCGCCCACGGCCGCAGCCACCCGAAUUAUAGGCCGGUUCGCCAAACUACUAUAGACUACUGAAUCUGCAGUUUAUUAACAUCAUUGUGUGUGAAAUCUUUAUUCUCUGCGGAAGCCUUUAUGUAAAGUACGACACGAGAUAUCACGGUUUAUGUAGGAUUAUAAUUGGUUUAUUAUGUGUGACACAGUGCAUUUCAUUUGCUUUUAAACUCCCAUUACGACACACGCAUGCACACACACACACACACACACACACACACACACACAC